AAAAUCUCAAAGUCAUUGCAUGCAUUUCUGAUUUGAUAUGAAUUUUCUAAGUUGGAAAUUCAUUUUGUGCACAUUUUUUGUCAUCACAUGGCAUAAGCAAAUUGAGGCACUUGGUUAUUGAUUUGAGGCUGGUCCUUUUGAGGACAUUUUGGGGAUUGUUUGAAGGUGUAAUGUGCAAAAGGAUAGGUUCUGUUUUGGUCAUUUGGUUAGGUUUUGAAUUUGACCUUUGUACUAGGGUUUUGUUGUGUUUGAUUGGAUGUACAUAGACUAACUUAGUUUUGUGUUUCAGGUUUGGAUACUCAUUAUUGAUGAUUGGGUUUGCUCUCACCUUAUGAGAUGCAUUGAGUUCUGACCUAUGUUUGUUUCGUAGGGUUGUAAUUGAUGUGGUGAACUCAUGAGCUCAUUUGAGUGCUAAGGCACUUAUGCAUUGCAUUGUGUAGCUGUUAGAGGGUUUCACUGUUUGUUUUCUGGUUGUAUAACUGAAGUACUGACUGGUUAGUCUUUGUACAGGUACCUUAGUUGCUUGCUUGCUUUUGCUCUUGCUUGAGCAUUGGAUUGUGGUUGACACACCACUCAGGGUACAUUCUUGAUUGAGAUCCUGGUUGAGAGACAUCCUUAUUCCAAGCAUGAGGGCCGACUUAAAAGAUGAUGUUGUCUACAGUUUCUUUGAUCCAGAGAUUAGCGUGCUGAGGGGUAUGAUAGCAUUGAUUACACCUGACUAUGUGGGGAUGUUCCGUAAGGCUUAUGGAAGUAUUAUGAAGAUGGUUUUCAGGCUCACAGAUGGGGAUAUGAGCGCCAUCUAUACUCUUCUCCAGUUUUAUGAUCCGGGUUUGAGAUGUUUUGUCUUCCCAGACUAUUUGUUGGGACCUUUGAUGGAGGAUUAUGCCGGUAUUCUGGGCAUUCGGGUCAGAAACCAGAUUCCUUUUUAUGUUACUAAGGAAGAACCUGAUGUUGUUGAGAUUUCUUGUGCUCUUUAUUUGAGCCCGGAAGUGACUAAGAAAGGUUUGAAGGAGAAAGGAAAGUUGUCCGGUUUUCAUCUGAGUUUCUUGGAGGCCAAGGCCAAGGAACAUGUUGUUUUGGGUAAUUGGAAGACUGUUUGUGCUCUGCUUGCUGUAAGCAUUUAUGGAGUUAUUCUGUUCCCUAAUCAGAAGAAUUUUGUGGAUAUUAAUGCCAUCCGGGUGUUUGCUCAGAGGAAUCCCAUUCCUACCUUGAUCGGGGAUGUUUAUUAUUCGGUCCAUAAUCGGAACGAGAAGCGGCGUGGAGGUUUGGUCAGAUGUUGUGCUCAAUUGUUAUAUGAGUGGUUCAUGGGAUAUUUGCCUUCCAAGGGUGCCUUUUUCUUUCUUGAUCAUACUGUAAAUUGGGCAACCAAGUUGAUGGGUUUGCAAGCCAAGGACAUAGUUUGGACUCACAUUGAUGUGGCUAGACGAGAUUUUAUUUACAGCUGUGAGAGUUUUCCCAAUGUGCCCCUUAUAGGAGUUCAAGGGUGUAUUAAUUAUAACCCGGCGCUUCUUAAGAGACAAAUGGGAUUUGCUAUGGAGGGUCCUCCCCUCGAGCGUGAGAUUCAGGAGUCUUUCUACUUCCCGGUUGAGGGUAAUCAGUCAUUGUUGAGGCAAGUGUCUGAUGCAUGGCGCAACAUUCAAAGGAAAGGCAAGAUUCCUUUUGGUAGAGCUAAUAACAUGUCUUUUCCUCCAUUUGAUGAUUGGCUCAGAGAGAGGGUUGAGCUCACUCAUUUGCCAUUUCCUGUGGGUGAUCUUUGGUAUCCAUUGAUUGAGGAGCCACGCUCUUCUGUCAGUAUGGAAGAAUUUCUUGAGAUGAGGAGGGCAAGAGAUAAACCGCAAGCAGAGAAGACUGAGAUAGAAAUGAGUAUUGCUGGAAUUCAACUGGCUAAUCAGGAAAUCAAGGGGAAAGUAGAAGACCAGGCUAGGAGACAUGUUCAGGAGGUGAAGCGUUUUGAGAAAGACACCGCCUAUUACUGUAAGAUCAGCCAAGCUUUAGAGUCAUCUACGAAGGAGCACGACCUUAGCAAAGAGAAGUUGGCUAGAGCUUUGAAGGUCAUUGAAGAUGAAAAGAAGAGACAAGUCCUUGUGAAGACUCAGAGGGAAGCUAGAGCCAAAGCCCUUACCACAGAGUGGGAAGCGAAGCUGAGGGUUAAGGAAGAAGAGAAAGAGAAGAUUAUGGCCGAGAGAGAUCACUAUCUUGCUGAGAGGGACCAUUAUUUCCGUCAGAUGAAGAUUCACCAGAAAGAGGUGGGAAGACUUCAGCAGGAGAACACGGAGCUCAGGUUCACUAUGAAGUUUACCAGGAUGGUCGAUGAUGCAGAGCCUUCUGUGGGACCUUCUUCAGAUUAGACUUUUAUUGCAGUUGUUAUCAUGUGUUGGAUUACCGUCAGGCAUGUUGACGGAAUUCACUUACUCGUAUUUCUUUCUAAUUCUGGAGGAUUGUAAA